UGCACAUAUGGUUUGCGACUAUCUGUCAGUCAGAUGGGCUUGGACUGCAUUACACGUGUAUUGAAAAACACUGGAAAACAGGAUUAAUGGACAACGCGAAUGUGAACAAUAAAGGCCCUAGUCAUGGUGCCCCACCUCUGAGGCUGCUAAUCGUGGGGCAGAAGCGGACCGGAAGGAGUUCAGUGGGCAACACACUCCUGGGUAAGGAUGCAUUCGAUACAUGGGGUGGAGCGGCCAGCGCUGUAGCACACAGUGAAUCUGAAGGCCGACACCUGAUGGUCGUGGAUGCCAGUGGAUGGGGCACAAACGAGAAGCUCGUCCCUAAACAGGAGAAACUGGAGCUGUUUAACGCCUUAUCGCUGUGUGAGCCCGGACCCCACGUUCUACUCCUUGUCAUUCCCUUACUGAACUUCAGCCACUCCGAGAAAGCAGACAUACAGAAACGCAUGGAGAUCCUCACAGAGGGCGUGUGGCGCCACACCAUGGUUGUGUUCACGCUGGGCGACCGUCUGCGAGACUGCAGCAUGCAGGACUACAUCCAGACGUCCGGAAAGGAUCUCCAAUGGCUGCUGGAGAGGUGCAGGUAUAGGUACCACGUUCUUAACAACAGGAACCCCCAGGACAGACAGCAGGUCUCUGGUCUGCUGGACCGUGCGGAAGACAUACUGAUGGAGAACGGGGGAUGGCACUUCUCCCUACACAUGUACUGCAGGCUGGAGGAGGAAUGGAGCAGAAGGGAGAGGGAAAUGAAAGAGAGGAUACUAGAGAUGCAAGAUAGAGGGGGCUGGAUCGAAAACUAUCGAGGGCUGGAUGUAGUUCCAAAUCACAGUCGACAAGGUGGUCUGCAUGUGAACGAUACUCUACUGAAAUUAGUUUACCAUGGCUAACUUCUGCCAAA